AUCCUUACUUGUUGCUGCAACAGAACUAAGAAGCAUUCUUUUGUUCGAUCCGUUGAAUCACCAGUUAAUCAGUACCGUACAGAAUGCACAUAGUCAUUGUGUCAAUUAUGCCAGAUUCCUAGACUCUCGGGUAUUCGCAACCUGCUCCGAUGACAAAACAGUUGCACUGUGGGAUACACGUUUUCUAAAGCACAAAAUCAUAUCACUUAAAGGACACUCAUCGUGGGUAAAAAACAUUGAAUAUGCUAGAGACACUGGACUGUUGGUAACCUCCGGAUUUGACGGUAAUGUCUACACUUGGAACAUUAAUGGUUAUUCUGAAGGGGACGUCACGUUUCGAAAAGUGUUCCAUACUAAAGGACUUAUGAGGAUGAGGCUGACCCCUGACAGUUCCAAAAUGAUUAUAUCUACCAAUACUGGUUAUUUAAUGGUUAUACAUGAUCUGGAUCUUACUAGAUUAGCAACAGAUUUGAAAGGAUUUAAGCCUAACAUGUACAGGUUGAUGCAGAUGGGGAACACGCCCCUCUCAGAUACGAUAGCUUUCAAUCACCUGUUCCGGGCCAAACGGAACCGAGUGGAGCUGAUCAGUGACUUUCCAGAAGCCAAUGAUGCCUUGUUCAUCUCUUCACUGCAGGUUCAUCCAAACGGGUGGUGUGUUUUAUCCAGGAACAUGAGUAGUUACGAACAUUCUGAGUGGACUUGUGUUCAUGACAUACAAGAACAUAGUAUGAGUGAUAAAAGUGAAAAGGAUGAAAAUAGUGAAGCAGUUGAGGAAGAGGAAAACGAGAUUAUUCCGGAUGAUGAGGCUGAGGAGGAGGAAUCUGGAGAUAGCAGUCGAACAGCUAGUCAGGAGAGUGGUGGAGAGAAUCUAGAAGAUUCGGGAUCAUCUGGACUCUGGGAAAGACCCGUUGUUCAUAUUCGUUUAAACUACGGACCUCAGUCUCAAGAGAGUCAGGAAGAAUCGGCUAGUACCAACACACAACGUUUUAGGUUUGGCGAUAUUGAACUGAGAAUUCUGCGACAUAGAAGGACGGAGCCAAGUCUGUCUUUCACCCCAACAAUCACAGUCUCGCCAUCUGCAUCUUCUGCAGAACAACCUUCUACGUCCAGUGGAGAAGACUUCACGGUGCCCUCUGAAGCCCAGAGGUUAGCAUAUGUUGUUGCAAAUUCUGUUGGACCCGAUCAGUCUCCGUCAAGAGAACAGCCGUUGUUCUUCUUAAGGACUGGCUCCGAGCAGGCAGCUCGAAAGGUAGUCUUAGUAGAUGGGAAUAGAACCUCACAAAAUCGACUGAGAAAAUCAAGUAAGAUUCACCAGAACUAUCCACGUUUAACGCACUACAGCAAAGAACCGAACGUUGGGCGAGGAUUUAUAAAGGAACUGUGCUUCAGCACUGAUGGACGCCUUAUAUGUUCGCCAUACGGUUUUGGUGUUCGACUGUUUACUUUUAAUAAAAACUGUUCUGAACUGUGCGACUGUGUCCCAGAAACGCCUGCUCAGUUGCACGAACUUUGCACUAAUCUCUGUCAUGUACACUAUGUGGUCAGUACAAAAUUUUCUCCGACUCAUUGCCAGCUUGUUUCUGGUUGUCUUGACGGUAAAGUCUGUUUUCACCAGCCAAUACUUUGAUCCCUGGAGUUGUUGUGAAAGUAACUCAGUAUUAAAAGUGUGGUACUCGAUGGAGAAAGUAGUUCUGUUAACCACCAUUGCUGAAAACCGGUUGGCAUUUCGAACCUCAUGAAAACGAAUAUAUAUAUAAGAUGUUUUGCUGUGCUACUCUAACUAAAGGUUAUAUUAUAGUAUAUCUUAACCUACCCACAGUUGACAUUUCAAGCUACCAUAAGUUAUGGUCCUAAUUUUCAUUUAUACUGAAAUAUUUCCAUCAGGAUCCAUUGUGUACAGGGCACAUGAAAAAACAUGGCUUACUGUAAUGUCUAUCAUGAUGUAACAAGUACAUGUAUAGAUGAUGAUUUAUGACAUUAUUUCAUGUAAUGAGUAUACAUGUGUAGAUAGUGGCUUACUACAGUGUAUCAUGAUACAUCAUGUAACGAGUACAUGCACAGUUAGUGUCUUACUACAGUGUAUCAUGAUACAUCAUGUAACGAGUACAUGCACAGUUAGUGUCUUACUACAGUGUAUCAUGAUACAUCAUGUAACGAGUACGUGUGUAGAUAGUGGCUUACUACAGUGUAUCAUGAUACAUCAUGUAAUGAGUACAUGUGUAAAUAGUGGCUUACUACAGUGUAUCAUGAUACAUCAUGUAACAAGUACGUGCACAGUUAGUGGCUUACUACAGUGUAUCAUGAUACAUCAUGUAACGAGUAUGUGCACAGUAAGUGGCUUACUACAGUGUAUCAUGAUACAUCAUGUAACGAGUACGUGUGUAGAUAGUGACUUACUACAGUGUAUCAUGAUACAUCAUGUAACAAGUACGUGCACAGUUAGUGGCUUACUACAGUGUAUCAUGAUACAUCAUGUAACGAGUACGUGUGUAAAUCUUGGCUUACUACAGUUGUAUCAUGAUACAUCAUGUAACGAGUACAUGUGUAAAUCUUGGCCUACUACAUUUUUCCAUUAUGGCACAUUAUGCAAAUGGAAAAGAUAGAAAAAAAAUGCUCGUUAAAAGUUUUUUUUUUUUCCUUAUUUUAUUUAUAGCUCUUAACACCAGAAUUAUUAAAGGUACAUAACAUGUUCUUGGUAUCAGUACACAAAAGUUAGCUGUGAUAUCAGUCUUGGUGGAUAGCGUCACUGUGGAACUGUUUUAACCUCCUUUAUAAUUAUGAUAUUGUCAAUGCAUAAAAACUAUUUUACCAAGUUAACAGAUGAAAAACUACAGAGUGAAAUAUUAGUAUCAGUAUGUAUGUACAGUUUGGGACAUUCACUUAUCUUGCUGUAUCUGUAUUACAAGCUUUAUUAGUUUUUAAUAAACAUGCUAUCUUAAUCAAAACA